AUGGCAGAGAAAAAAAUAGACGACUCUCCAUUUCUGCAAAAGAUGGAGAACUUCGAAAUCGCAGAUGGGAAGAAUAAGAAGGCCUCCAGGGGGGAAGUGAAAAAUGUGUAUCGGAGCCUGGACAACGAAUUCAACUUUGACAAUGAGGAGGUGGCCCCGGAGGGGGAGAAGUCUCCUCAGUUCAACCAAGGUGAUGGGAACCAGCCUGAUGAGAACCAACCUAGUUUGAACCAACCUGGUGUGAGGCAGACGGGCAAGAGUGACGAAAACAUAAGGACGAUAAAAAUUGACCGGAAAAAUCUCAGAAAAAUGUUUAGCAGCCAGUUCUUCACGCAGACACUGACAGAUGACUCAAGUACCAAUUCGAUCAGCGAGUUAAAAAUGAAUAAGCGAUAUGCCACAGGGGAGUUUUUUAAGGCUCUCUUUCUCUUCAUUUUGUUUUUCACCACCUCCUACUUUGCCUUCUUUUACAUUUAUAAGAGCUAUUUUGGGAACAGCCAUCUGUGUGGCUACCUCGAUUUGUACAAUUACAAAUACGAGAGUCAGGUUCGCUUCAUCCCCAGUGUUAGCGGCGCUAGGUAUUACGUCUUCACGGGAAAAUUCCCCUUCGACGUCAUAACCCACAAGAUGCGAAAGGAGGCCCUAAAAGACAGCAUGAACGAGGAGCUGGAGAAGCACAACAAAGAAAACGCAGACAAGGAACCUCUGGAGAAAAUCAUAGACCUAAAUGAUCAUCCCAUACAGAUCCUCUCCUUCAUGAAACACAACAACAAGAUGAAAUGCGAAAGGAAUAUAUUUGAGUUGUACAGACCAUUUUACUUAAAGUCGACAGACGUGGAUAUCAGCCAGCAUAACUUUAUCCUGAGUGAAGUGAAUUACAGCUUCGUCACCAAUCCGUACAGCGUCCCCGAGGCCCGGCUCUACGCCGAAGUGGCCAAUGUCAUGAAGAAGAGCGAAGGGAAGAACAAAAUUUGUUACAUGACUUCAUAUUUGAAUUCGCUGAGGGAAGACAAAGGGGGGAAUGCAGGAAGAGAAGCGGUGGAUGUAGGAAAACAAGGAGCGGACGCGGGAAGGAUCCUCAGCGAGGGAAGUGCCACCAUUUCAAACUCAGAGCAGACGAAACAGGAAGCUCCAUCCAGUGAAGUUACCAACAAAGCAACGGAAGUCAUCACGGCAGCGUUCGAAGGUGCAAAAAGAUACUUUAAGGGGACACCAACUGGAGAAGGACAAGCACAGCAGAGGAAGGCCAACGACGGGGUAGGCUACUUCAGCGGCAUGUUGCAAACCCCCAAGAGGAAGAUCGUAUACCUCUACGAUUAUUACGACAACAACUUCGUCGACCUGCUCGUCGCCAUCCACAACAUGCAGUAUGGAAAUACAUUCAGCGAUUUGAGGGCAUACUGGGAAGAGUUAAAGCGGAGGUUCAAGGUGAUCAGCCCGGAGGAGAUAUACCUGCUCGAGUGGUACUGCCUUGGCGUGAACUACAACUUAAUUGAAAAUAACAAUCAUUUCAAGUUAAACUGCGUUGAUCUUUUAAAGUAG